UCGUCCACAUUAGCCGCGAUGGCCAUAUAUAUAUUGAAAUGCACGCGAUAAUAUUUCAUUAUUUCAUUUCGAGUGUGUCAGCUGACGAUUAUUAGAUUUAUUGUUUUGACGCAACAAGAUAAAAGAUACCAGAGGACAAUAGCAGCAACCAGAUAAAUACGAAACUGAAAAAACAUUCGGGCAAACCACAACUGAUUGUUCAAAAUGAAAGGCAAAAUAGAUCCUCUACAAUUAGUAACAAUUAAACCCGGGGAACCUUCUUUCAUGCCAAAAAACAAUGUUCAGUUCAACAUUCCUCCUCAGUUACUGAAUGAACGCUACCGUGAUGUAGCUAAGGACAUGGAAUCAAACUUGGAUAACGAAGUCGAAAAAAUUCCGGUCAAAAAUAUAACUCCACCAAAAUUUAAGAAGGCCCAAUUGUUGGGCAAGACAGAAGCAUUCAGCGUCUUCAGUCCUGUUCACAAGGAAUAUGUCAACGAAUUGGUAAAACUUUUUAUUGAGGCAAAGGAUAAAGAGGAAUUGCUGGCCUUGGCUCUGUAUGCACGCGAUAAUAUUAACUCUCAGCUCUUCUUCUACGCCUAUUCAAUUGCUUUGAGCCAUCGGGAUGACACUGCGGAUAUGGAAUUACCCUCUUUAUUUGAAUCGAACCCGGAUAAAUUCAUAUCGAAUUCGGUGCUAUUUGAUGCAAGACAGGAAGCUUUCGUUGUUCCCCCUACUCUGAGGCGACCUAUUGAAAUACCUGAAAAAUAUACAGCAACAGAUAUAAACCCGGAGCAAAGAUUGGCUUAUUUCCGGGAAGAUAUUGGAGUGAAUUUUCAUCACUUUCAUUGGCACAUUGUAUAUCCCACUGAAGGACCAGCAGAGAUGAUUGUGAAAAAGGAUCGGCGUGGUGAAUUGUUCUUUUAUAUGCACUCACAGGUUUUGGCAAGAUACAAUUUGGAACGAUUGUGUAAUAAAUUGAAAGUGGCUGAACCAUUGAAUUUAUCUUACACGCAUCCGAUAAAAUGUGGUUACUACCCCAAAUUAUCGUCAUCAUCAGCUUCUCGAACAAUUAUCGGACGUCAGGAUAAUAUAUAUCUUCAAGAUAUUGCGAGGACAGCAACAUCUCGAGGAUUGAAAAUUACCGAUAUUGAAACAUGUUCGAAUCGAAUCCGAGAUGGAAUUUUGCAAGGACAUCUUAUUAAUUCCAAAGGAGAACGCGUGUUUAUAAAUAAUGACCGCGGGGUGGACAUUCUUGGAAACGUGGUGGAGGCCAGCAGUAUAUCGAUAAAUCGUACGUACUAUGGAGACGUCCACAAUACAGGACACAUACUUCUUGCCCAGAUACAUGACCCAGAUAACGAAUUCCUAGAACAACCUGGUAUCAUGGGAGAAACGAAUACUGCAAUGCGUGAUCCUGCUUUUUAUGAGUGGCAUACAUACGUUGAUGAUUUUUAUAAGCUACAUAAACGGAUGCUUGCUCCUUACACUGAGAAAGAGCUAGGAUGCCCUAAUAUUGUCGUCAAGAACCUUGAAAUUUUAGAUGGAGAAAAUGCGGUCACGGAUACAUUGCAGACAUUCUGGCAAAUGAGCGAAGUGAACCUUUCUUCUGGACUGGAUUAUGUUGGAUCUGGGGCUAUUCGAGUGAAGUUCAAACAUCUUAACUAUGAGCACUACCAAUAUAAAAUUUCCGUGCAAAAUAAAGGAGAGCCAACACGUGGAACAAUCAGGAUUUUUAUGCUUCCUGUCCAGGACCUUUCGCACGAGAAGUACAGCUUGGAAGAAGCUAGGCUCUUGGCUAUAGAACUCGAUCGCUUUGCUAUUCAUUUGCCUACGGGAAGUUUCCAAAUUACACGCUCUUCAACCCAGUCCACGGUUACGAUCCCAUUCGAAAGCAUUUUUCCACCAGUUGUAGUUAAUGAAGAUGGACAAGACCUUUCUUUCACCAAACGUAACAUUCGUCAGGUGCAUUGCCGGUGUGGAUGGCCUGAAUAUUUAUUAAUACCUAAGGGAACCACGUCUGGAUAUCCAUGCCAAAUAUUUGCUAUGAUAUCUGACUACUCCCAGGAUCAGGUGCUCGAUGACCCAAAGAGUAAAUGCUCAAUAUCUACGGUUUUCUGUGGAUUGCGUAAUUCGGUUUAUCCAGAUAAACGACCAAUGGGAUAUCCUUUCGAUAAAGAGACAAAUCGAAAUACCCUGCAGGAAUUUCUCAGACCAAAUAUGGCAAUGACAGAUGUGAAAAUAAAACAUUUCAAUGAAAUUAAAAAAGAAUAUAAGGCGGAGUUGGUUAAAGUAUCGAAGGAGAAAGGAAAAUCUUAAAUAUUAAAAUGUUUGAAGGGCUCAUGAAAUAUUGAAGGAAUAUCUGACUUAUGCCAAACUUAUUCG